CUGCCAACUUUAGCCGCAGCGUUCUUGAGGGCACAGCUCGCACGCUCUCUUCCAGGGGUGAGGUCAUCGCGCCGGCGCACUUGCCUGCUUGCGACAGAAACCUAGCUUCUGCUUGUUCUUCCUCCUCCCCCCAAACUUCUCCCUUCCUUUCCAGUCUGCGUGGAACGAGCUCACUGGGGCCAGUAACUAUGCUGCCGCUGUGACAAGAGUUGCGCGCACAUAGUCACCGCCCUUCUCUCUCUCUUUUUGUCCGGCAACAGGAAAGACUGACCGCAGAACCCGGCGGAUCCCGCGGGGAGGACGAGGUACCCCCGCGCGGCAGUGUCGGGUGUGUGGUGACGGAAGGGACCAGGAGGAGAUGGUGAAGGAUGUGCAACGAUAGAAGUGUAACGAUGAGAAGGACUGGGACUCGGCUCUCUAGCCCUGUCAGCAGACACCUCGUACAGGGAGUUGGGAGCUGGUCCGGAGGAAUGCUUACCUUCCUUGCAUUGCUCCUUCUUGGGGUGCAGGGGAUAAUCGCAGCCAAUGUCCCCUUGCAAGAAGGAGCAGUGGACAUUCUGGAGAAGGUGAACAUCAAAGAGCAGAAGGAAUCUCAGGGGGUGAAGAGAGUGCAAGGGUUUUGUCCUCUUCGAGCUGCACGUGACGGCGGGUCUGUGGAUGAAGGUCUCCCCGACCUGGCAUUCAGGAUCAGCGAAGAUGCACAGCUCAGGACUGACCUUUCCAAAGUUUUCAAAGCGGGUUUUCCAUUAGAUUUUUCCAUCUUAACCACUUUUAGACCAGAAGAGGGUACACAAGGAAAGCUCUUUGCUGUCUAUGGCGCUGAAAGUGCUAAUGAGAUUCUGUCUUUGAAAAUCGGCAAGAACACAGAGUUUAUUUACAGAGAUGUCAAUGGUGUACCUGAGGAUCCCAUUCCUCUUGGAGUUGAUCUCAGCGAUGGACGAUGGCAUCGACUUGGUUUAAGCGUGAAGGGCAAUACAAUGACUGUGAUUCAUAACUGUGAACAAACAUCAGAAUCUAUCAAGCUGGGUAGAACAAUGCCAGCACUACCACUGGAGCAAGAAGGUGUUCUGUUUGUGGGACACCAGCUCUUCGAGGAAGAACUGUUCACUGGUGACAUACAAGACCUCAUCGUCACUGACAACCCGGGCACAGCAUAUGAGAUCUGUGAAGUUUACUGCCCAGAGUGUGAUGUCCCUUUGCCCUAUGGCGCCACCUUCAGCAGCUCAUUUACCUCCACUGUGAUUACCAGCAGCCAAAACAUAUCUUCCUCUUCCGCAGGUGGAGCCAUUACUGGCCCUGCAACAAUUGUUGAUGGACGAGCAACUGGGACUGGUGUCUAUGUGGAGUAUGGAUCUGCUGAGAUGACAGAAGUGACUUACAGAUUUGGACCACCUGGACCACCGGGCGCCCGCGGCAUCCCUGGUCCCCCAGGAUUCAAAGGAGAGGGUGGUCCACCUGGACGUGAUGGUGUACCUGGUGUCAAUGGAGUACCAGGCCCACCCGGCCAUGUCUUUGUCAUUCCUUUCAGCCAGGAUGGAAAACAGAGUAAUCAGGCAGAGCAUUUCCGCACACUUCUGGAUCAGCAUAUGCUUGCCAUGCGAGGAGCACCUGGACCCAUGGGAAUGACUGGCCUGCCUGGGCGAGUUGGUCCCCAAGGUCCACCUGGUGUGAAGGGAGAUGUUGGCAACACAGGAGAACAGGGGCCUAUGGGACCCAUUGGAAUGCCAGGACCUGUAGGAUCGAUAGGAAAAAGAGGUCGAGCAGGGCAGGAUGGCGAGAGAGGCCAACAAGGUCCCCCUGGUGACAAGGGUAUUCCUGGAUUUCCUGGUAUGCCUGGUCUUCCUGGAGAAAAAGGAGAACGCGGUAUUAAUGGUUCUCCUGGUGAACCUGGAACCAUUGGAACAGAUGGCGAACAAGGUGAUCCCGGUGAUCCUGGACCUCCUGGGCCAGUAGGUGACAUGGGUCCACGUGGAUUCCAAGGCCCCAGAGGACGCCCAGGUCCUCCAGGACCACCUGGGCAGCCAGGAGAAGAAGGUUCAACGGGCCCCAAGGGAAAUCAGGGACCUAUUGGAGCCCCUGGAGCACCUGGUCAAACUGGUCCUAAUGGGCAGACUGGGCCUCCAGGACCUUUAGGGCCCCUUGGACCUCAAGGUAUUCCUGGUGCUACAGGUAAACCUGGACUGCCCGGUCAGCCUGGCGCCCUUGGUCCUCCAGGCCUACCUGGAUCUGCAGGAGAAGUAGGCGCAAAAGGAGAUCAGGGUCCUAUGGGAUUGCAAGGAGUAGGUGGAUACCCUGGUCCUAGAGGUGUCAAGGGUGACACAGGAGGUCGUGGUACUCAAGGAGAAAAGGGAGAUAAGGGUGAAGGUGGACGUGAUGGAGAACGGGGCGAAAUAGGAUCCAAAGGAGACAAAGGCCUGAAAGGUGUCCGAGGUUCUUCAGGCAUCGAGGGCAUUGAUGGACCAAAGGGUGAUGACGGACCCCCUGGAGAAACUGGACCACCAGGAUUGAUUGGCGAGAAGGGUCGUGUUGGUAAUCCUGGAUUCCCCGGCUACACAGGUGGUCAAGGUCAAAAGGGAGAGCUGGGACGCUCUGGGCGACGAGGACGUCGAGGUCUGAGAGGAAAGAGAGGCUUGCCUGGACCACCUGGAGAGAUCGGUGAGCCUGGUGUGAGGGGCCAGAUUGGAGAACGAGGCAAGCAAGGUAUACCUGGGCCACCUGGUCCCAAAGGUGACCCAGGUCCACCUGGCCCCCCAGGUUUCACGGGUGAACAAGGUAUCCAAGGACCACCUGGACCUGUUGGCAUCAUGGGUCCCCAAGGUCCUUCUGGUGUUCCUGGUAAAGAUGGUCAAGUUGGACCCCCAGGUGACAGAGGAGAACCUGGUCUACCUGGUGCAUCUGGCCAGCCUGGUAUUGUUGGUGUUAUAGGAGCACCUGGCCCACCUGGUGAGGGAGGCGCUGAUGGUGAAAGAGGAGCACCUGGAAACCCUGGACUUCCCGGUGAACCAGGACUUCCAGGACCUGCAGGCAAAUCAGGAGAGAGAGGUAACACAGGACCUCAAGGUAACCCAGGACCCCCUGGACCUCCUGGUCUUGGCGGCUUCCCUGGUGGCCGGGGCUUUCCAGGUCCACCUGGCAGUGAAGGACCACGCGGUGACUCAGGCCCUUCUGGUCCUCCUGGAAUUCCUGGUGACAAAGGCUCACCUGGAGAGCCUGGAGCAGCAGGACCAUCUGGCAUGCCGGGAGCACCUGGGCCACCUGGAGGAAUAGGAGCUGCAGGACCAAAGGGUGAUGUGGGACCUGAAGGUCCAGCUGGACUUCAAGGUAUCGAAGGUAGCCCUGGUCCAAGGGGUUAUCGUGGUCCCCCAGGCCCAGUUGGCCCACCUGGUAUGGAUGGAGAUAAGGGUGACCGGGGUAGUCCUGGUGAGAUAGGAAUGAAAGGUGACCAUGGUCCACAGGGCCCUCCAGGACCCCAGGGACCACUAGGCUUGCAAGGACCCCCUGGACCUCCAGGUCCACCUGGUGAGCCAGGAACCAUAGGAUUGCAAGGACCGCCUGGAACUAAGGGAUCUGAAGGUCCACGCGGACUCUUAGGACCCACUGGACUUCCUGGACUUCAGGGAUUACCUGGACAACCAGGGCAAAAGGGAGACCAAGGUGACCCAGGUGUCAAGGGCCCACCAGGAGCUCCAGGGCCUCUUGGAAAUUCUGGACCACCAGGACCUCCCGGCUCUGCAGGUGUGGCAGGCAAUCCAGGCUCCGAAGGUCCCAUGGGUAUGAAAGGUGAACAAGGACCACCUGGCCCCCCUGGUGCACCUGGACUCGAUGCCGAGAGGGGUCCCCCUGGCCCACCCGGACCUAAAGGAGAGGAGGGGCAGCGCGGCCGGGCAGGUGACCCCGGACCACAAGGAGAGCGGGGCACAGAUGGUGAAAAGGGAGACAAAGGCAUUACAGGACCCGCAGGUCCUCAAGGAGAGACAGGAGAUCAAGGGCAGAAAGGUGAGCCUGGAGAACCUGGUUUAGAUGGUGAGCCUGGACCCCCUGGACCUCAAGGUCCCAUUGGACCACAAGGAGAAAUCGGCUUACCUGGGAUCCCUGGCAAACAGGGAGAUAUGGGAACACCUGGAUUACCUGGAUCACCUGGAGAACCAGGAGCAAAAGGAGAUCAAGGAUUCCGUGGACCACCUGGUCAACGAGGACAGCCAGGCCCACCUGGAGUGACUGGGCCCCUUGGUCCUCCUGGACCCGUUGGUCAACCAGGACCUGUAGGAGACCCUGGUGCCACUGGUCCACCUGGAACACCAGGAGAGCAAGGACCACUUGGACCACCAGGCCCUGAUGGCAAGAAGGGCAGUCAAGGAGUAAAGGGCAUCAAGGGUCACCGUGGUGCUAUGGGUAACCUGGGUCCUGAAGGUCAGCAAGGACAGAAAGGUGAACCAGGUCCAAUUGGCCCUUCAGGCGAAAAGGGUGACAAAGGACAAGAUGGUCCACCUGGACCAAGAGGACCCCCGGGUAAUGAUGGCUCUCCUGGCAUCCCUGGACCACCUGGCCCAGUGGGUCCAAAGGGCGAACCAGGCCAGACUGGAUCCAAAGGAGAUCAAGGUCCAUCUGGUCCUGCAGGACCUCCAGGGCCACCUGGUGACAAACUUGGCGUAUCUGGUGGUGAACUGAGUCCUGCUGAUUCACCGGAUCGAAAGCGCAAGAAGCGACGUCGACGAAAGCGACGAUCGGUCGAUUCCACUGACAUUGAUCUGGACAUGCAGAGCUUGUAUAUGCAGUUUGUUGAUCGCCAGCAGGAAGGAGAGGGACUGAAGGUGCAAGAAGUGGUCCACGAGUUGUCAAAGGUGAUGCUUCAGCACAUUGACCUCCUCAAGGCUCAGGUGCAAAAUCUCAAAUACCCUAGAGGUACCCGUGAAAACCCUGCCCUGUCCUGCCGUGAAAUCGCUCUAGGACAUCCUCACUAUAAGACAGGGUGGUACUGGAUUGACCCCAACCUGGGUUCCAUUGAUGAUGCCAUGCAAGUAUGGUGCAAUAUGACCAGUCGAAUCGAGACUUGUGUAUAUCCAACACCACAAACAAAAAUGAUCUCUGAGCAGGCAUGGACCAAGCCUGAAGGUGAAGAGAAGUGGUUUAAUGAGCUCAGUGGUGGAUUCGCUAUCCAGUAUGGUUCCUCGGUACAGCUGGGUUUGCUUCGUCUGCUCAGUGAAAGAGCCACACAGCGUUUCACCUUCUACUGUUCUGGGUCAGUGGCUUGGUUUGAUCAGUCAGCAAAUGAUAACAGCGCUGCACUGACUCUGAUGGGAGACAACGAGUAUGAGUUUGAGACCAGCACGUUUACAUUUAAAGAAGUCGUGCAUGAUGGCUGUAGGGACCGACGCCAGAAUGGUUUCACGGUGUUUGAAAUCACAACCAGCAAGGUGAACCGUCUGCCCAUAAUCAACUUCUUGCCACGCGACUUUGGCAACCCCUGGCAGAGGUUUGGCUUUGAGGCUGGACCAGUGUGCUUCCACUAGCAGCUGGGUUGGGUAGGGCAAAGCCACAUUCAUCCUCACUGCCUUGCAUGGAGAACCAGGCAGCACCAUCCCUCUGUGGCUUUCCUCUAUUGCAAGUAUGCAUCUGCACAAAAUCCUCAGCAACUGAAGUCAACGUUUGUGCAGAUUGCUUGCAAGCUGAUCAUCAUCAUCAAUUUCUCUCUUUUUGUGUUUGUUUUUCACCACUGCCUGUCUUGUUGCUUUUAACAAUACAAUGAAAAUUGGAGACUUUUUUUUAAAAAAAGAGUACAAUAUAACAAAUGUUAUGGUUGUUAUUUGUUGAGUCAUUUUCAGUCUGUUUGCUUUUGCUUCAUUAUCUGCUGCUUUGCUUGAAAUUUUAUUUUUAGUAUGGGAUUGGGGGGUAGCGGGGAGUUGGAACCUGAUUUUCUCUUAGAUUUGUUUUCUUUCUAAUGCAUAUAAAGUGGUUUUCACUUUAUUCUUUUUAUUUUUGACAGAAAAUUUCACGUUACUGGCACGGUAUACAUCAUCAUAUCUCAAAUUUCUCUCAUAAAUCUUUACCCUUUUCUUUGCUUUUCACCAGAAUUGCCUCCGAACCUUCACAGGCGUUAACGCCAUCGUGAAUAGGGCAUGAUGAAGAAGAGUGUAAAGAUUGUCUGGUUGUAGGUCACGGGUUCAUGUAUCUUCACCGGUUUAUUUCCUGGAUAUAUGUGUAUGUGCUCAUUGGUGCUGUGUUUCUAGUGGUCAUUGCUGCUUAACAACAUUGAAACAAUGUACUUACUAUUAUUUUAUACAAUUUUUUUUAACCAACAGAUUUUCUUGUGUGUGAAUGGUUUCUGGUCAUAACAAUGGACUUUCCUUCCUUUUCUGCAUAGAAGGCGCCUUUUACAGUUCCAUCCACCCAUGGGAUUCUAUCUAAAUGUAUGUCUUGACUAACAUUCUGAAACUUUUGUAUGAAGCACCAUUAUGUGGUACAUUGUUGAGAAUCUUAUGCUGCAAUCCGUCCAUAAAUGUGGUAUUACUGCUACAGAUUAUUGUCACUUGUGAAUUACCCACCAGUGAGGAGGAAAAAUGAAUGUUUCACCUCAUUAACUAGGACCUGGGAAAGAAAAUCUGUAUUGUAUACCAUCAUCUGUGAUUCAACCACAGCUGUGUCACUGCCAUCUAUUUUUCUGUUUGGUUGGUUUCUAGAACUUAUAUUUCUUACAAGGAAUAAAAGGUCAGAACUUUACCUCCA